GAACCAUUAUACACGCAGAUCAGGAGGUGCAGGUAAUCGAGGAAGAGAGGAGGACAGAGGGGAUGGAUGGAGGCCAAAACUCCUAGCUCUCCCUCCCCCUGUACAGGCCAGCUCAGAGGAGGGGUGUAGGUGGGAGUCUCAGUGUUCCAAAUCAGAUAAUGACAUGAGAAAAUCAUGGCUUCAGUGGGUGUACCUGCUCUCCUGAUGUUGGCAGCUCUGUGGCUGCUGCUGCUCAUUUUGCCUCCAUCCCUCUGUGCGUGUCCGAGGUCCUGCAGCUGCCCCAACCCUAAGGAAGUCCACUGCACCUUCCGCCACCUCCUUUCUGCCCCACGCAACCUGCCCCAAGACACUGAGAGGCUCAACUUAGGCUAUAACAGCAUUGGGACUGUUGGGACUUCAGAUUUUGUAAACCUACGGCAAUUGGAAAUGCUCAUGCUCCAUGGAAAUGAAAUCGCCUCAGUGUCUCCUGGAACCUUUUACCAUCUCCGUUCCCUUCAGAUUCUGAAGUUGAGCUACAACAAAAUCAAAAAAGUUGACCCCAACCUGUUAGAGGGCUUGACAAGCCUUGUACGGCUUCAUCUGGACCACAACCACAUUGAUUUCAUUGAGCCUUUUUCCUUUAAUGGACUUAUAUCAUUGAAACUAUUGCAACUGGAGGGGAAUCGGCUGAGGGAUUUGCACCCAUACACAUUCAUUACUGUCUCAGUCCUGGGUACAUUCUGGAGCUCAGGCCUGCGGCACCUGCAUCUGGCAGACAACCAACUGGAAUACCUGUUGCCUGGCACUCUAGAGCCCUUAGACAAGCUGGAAGUCCUUUCCCUGCAUGGAAACCCCUGGAUCUGUGACUGCCACUUGCACUGGCUUUUGGAGUGGGACAAAAAUCAUGAGGGAGUUAUUAAGUGCAAAAAAGAACGUGGCAACUGUGUCUUAUGUUCCUCACCUCAGCCCCUGAACAACAGUCAGAUCUUCCAGCUUUCAACCAACCAGCUCACUUGUGACCGACCCUCCAUCCAGUCCCCACUGAAAAUCGGGGAGGGCGGCAUCUGGGAAGACCAGGAACCAGAUGUCCCCUACAUCAAGGACCUACAGCGUCCUCUUGGCCACCUGACCUUCGUUCUGUCUGACAGCCAUGGGAAUCGUGCCCAUGUGGCUUGUGAUGUAACUCAUCCUGUCGAUGGUACCUCUAUGAUGUGGGAGCCAGUGAGGAGAUCAGAUGAGAUUGCUGUCAAUGUGACCCUGCGGACAUUGCUUGAGUGUGAGAUCGACAGGGAUGCUCUUCAGAACCUCUGGAGGUUGGUCGCCUACUACUAUGAGAGCCCAGCCAUUUUGGAGCGAGGAACCAAACUUGGGAAUUCUUCCCAAGUGACUUUUCAGUACUCUCAAGCCACAAGUGAGGAAUCACCAUAUUUUACAGAGCUCAAAGGACACUUAAUGGCUAAACCGUAUUGGCUUUUGCAACCUAGGGUCAGUCUUCAGCUUAACAGACGCAAAACCACAACUAAAAAACUGGUUAUGAACUUUUCUACUUUUAUAUCAAAGAACAUCAUUGGAAGGGGGAACAAAGAGGAUAUAGCCUCCUCUUGGGCUAUGAUCCAAAGAGGAGCCCCGGGGAGAAUCAAAUCCAUACUAGAGCACUCUGAGGUCAGUUUGGACUGUAGUGUGCUCAGUUCAGGGCAUCAGCUUGUGGAGUGGAUGCUUCCAGACUUAACAACAUUGGAUCAAACUGAUUCCCAUAAACUAAGGUUGGAGAAUAACAGAUUAGUCAUCAAAAACACAAGCAUUGAAGACUCUGGACUUUAUCAUUGUUUUGUGAGGACUGACAAUAGUGUGGAUAUAGUCUCCUUUAGACUCACAGUCAGGGUGCAUCUCUUAAGUCCCAGUGAUUUAAAUGGAAAGAAGAUGUCUGUGGAGAAUGGGGACUCUCUUAAUCUUCCUUGUUUAGUAACUUCCCCACAUCCAGUGGAGACAAGAUGGUACUUACCAAACCAUCAGAUUCUCAAAGCUUCGAGCAUGAAAGGCAGGGUUCACAUAUCACAAAAUAACACUUUGAUAAUCAAAAAAGUGACUUAUGAGGAUGCUGGAGAGUACAGCUGUUUGGCAGCUAACCUUUAUGGGGCAGACAUGUUGUCUCAUCUAGUUGUUGUUACUGGUGAAAAGGAAGAAGCUCAUAGAGGUGUUACACUGUCUGAAGAAGAAUCACUCCUUUUUGAGGGUGAAAACAACGAAGGGUCAGGGUACAAAGAAAUCAAACAACCAACUGCUAAACUCACUCCUCAAAGGGUGGACGGGCAACACAGAGGCGGUAUUUUUCGAACAAAUGCAAAUGGAAAGAAAAUCAAGGAGAGUGUGAGAAAACCUAACAAUUCUAUCAAAGAGCUUGACCCCAGCCGUUGGGAACAGAUUCUUGCAAGAGCUAAUGCUAGGGUCUUGAUCACCUCACCAGUUCCUCUAGAAAUUACAACAACAUCAAAAACAGUGCCAAAGCCUACAAUGAUUAUAACCAAAGCCCCUUCUAUGUUUGAUGUCUCUCCAACAACAAAACCAGAUGUUGCGGCUAGCAGUGCCAGCACAAGUUCAAGUGUGCAGCAUUUCAAUGCGAAACAGCAGGAAAUACCCCCCAACAGGGAGCAUGUAAAACAAGAUACUAUUCAGGGAAAACUAUCAAAACACAAUAACAGUGAUUCUAACAUUUCAGAUUUGACUUCAGUGCACAGAGAUGAGAUAACAGCACCUGAGCAUGAAACACAACUGGUUAAACAGGUAGACAAACAUGCAAUAGAACAGAAAAUAAGGGCUAACAGUAGUUCCUCUUGGAAUCAAAGGCGAAGAUUCCCAUUAAGGCAACGUAGGCCUCCAUCACGUAGGUUACGCCCAAAGCUACGCCAAAAUUUCUCCCCAGCUCCCAAUUUAGCAGUGCAAUUCACUCAGUCUCCACUUAGAACAUCAAUUCCUGUUAACAGUGCAGUUAUGAGCAGUGACUCUUAUACUUCAAACCAAAACAAUCAAGCCACAGCAUCAAUGACUUUACCAGAAGAAAAUUCUACCACACAAAACCCAGUGACUGAAAGCUUAGCUGAACAAGUCACAGAGGAUCCAGAAUUUUCUAAAACCACAUUCAGAAAAGAGAAGAAGCUAACUACUAUAAUUACAACACCUCUAGAAACCGAAUUAUCUCCAACAACACUUGCCCCCGGACCUAUCAGGUAUGAAAAUGAGAACAGAGAAACACUUUUGAGAACAAAUAGUCAGACAAUAGAAGACAAAACAAGACAGAUAACAGCAACAAAAAUACCCAAUGUUCAAACCAGCAACAUAAAUCCUCCUGUGACACAAAGAAAACCAACGACUGAAAAACCAACCUUAACUAAUGUAGAAAGACAUAGAGCCUAUAGCUGGGGAAUACAACCUGAGAUUGAAGUUGUGCCUCUCCACCCUUGGCUAAUCCAAAAGAAUACACAAAAGAAACAAAUAUUAAUUACACCACGUUCAUACACUCAGUCUCCUGUUUGGGUCAGCAACUAUGGCAUUCCAAUCUGGCCCACAGUUCAUAACUCACAAAACCACCCCUCUCGAGACAAAACAUGGUAUUUCCUCCAAACAGGAGGCAGGGGGCCAGCGGUCACCAAUCGACCUGAAAUCACCGCUGAGACAGCGAAGCCCACAGCUUACAUUUCUGGGUCAGCCACAGCUUCCUUUCAAAGGACCAUAGCUCCACAUGUCAGCUCUUUGUCUCAUGUACGAGACCACUUGCUCUUCAACAGGCUCAGAAACAGAUUUAGACAAUCACAGCUUGAUGCAUAUCGACUUGCCCAGCUGGGCAAGAAUGUCAGUGUUAAAACAAGGACAUUUCAGCCCACCCCUCAAACUCACCAAGUACCAAACUUCCCCAACAUCUACAAGCAUGUGACUCCCCAAACCAUCCUAGCAUACACAAACAAACCACCCAUCACAUCUAACGUGCCAUUUGGUAGUCGCUGGCAUUACAGUCAUUUUGGAGCAAAGAAACUGAGCACUGCGAUUCCCUUUCCAAGCCUGAUGGGCAGUGGAGUCAAACCCAGAAUCAUAACAACUGAAUCUGUCACUGUAUCUGCUUUAGCAGAAGCCGAUGUAUUUUUGUCCUGUAGAUCAUCUGGGGACCCCAAACCUGUUGUUUCAUGGACCAAAGUUUCUACAGGUGCAACAAUUCAGGCCAACACAAAACAUGGACAGAGAUUUGAGGUCCUUUCCAAUGGUACUUUUGUGAUUAAGAAUAUCCAGUUACAAGACCGUGGCCAGUACCUGUGCACAGCACAAAACAAAUUUGGAUCAGACCGCAUGAUAGUGACCCUCGUCGUUCAAACUCAGCCUCCAAAAAUCAUGAGUUCAAAGGCCAGAGAUGUCUCUGCAUUUUUGGGAAAACCAGUCAGCUUGGACUGCAUUGCUGUGGGUAAACCUGAAGCUCAGAUCUCAUGGAUACUUCCAGACAGGACAUUUGUGCGAGAUGUUGGUACGCUUGACCGAAGAGUAUUCUUAUUUCCUAAUGGAACACUGAGUAUUCACUCAGCAAACUUUUCCAAUAAAGGUGAAUAUAAGUGUAUUGCGAGCAACGCAGCAGGGGCUGACACACUAAAGUACCACGUUCACGUUGAAGCUCUACCUCCGACAAUUGCCGAGGUUGCAUCUGAGAGUAUGUUUAUGAAUGUUGGAAGAACCAUAUAUGUGCAUUGCACAGCUAAAGGAGAGCCAUUUCCUCUUAUUAAGUGGGUUCUACCUGAUGGUUCUCAAAUGAAGCCUACACAGUUCAUUGGAAGACGGUUAUUUAUUUUCCCAAAUGGAACACUUUAUAUAAAGAACGUCACUCCCAAUGAUUCAGGGAAGUAUGAGUGUUUGGCAACCAAUCCAGUUGGCUUUGCUAAAAGAACAUUCCAGAUGGAUGUUAGACAAGAGGCUCCAGGUCCCUGGAAAGGCCUGUCCCAGCAUCACAGUGUCACAGCAACAUAUGGAUCCACAGUUUAUCUGCACUGUCCAGAGUCCAUAGACUCACAAAGAGGCACAGUUUGGAGACUGCCAUCUAAAAUUCUGCUUGAACAUCACUACAGUCCACAAAGACACAUCGCUGCUUUCCCCAAUGGAACUCUUAGAAUUCUCAGACUGACUGAGAAAGAUGGAGGCAAUUAUCUGUGUAUGUACCAAAGACCAAAUGGUGAGGACAUGGAGCUAUUCCAAGUAGAGGUCCUCAUGAGGCCACCAAAGAUAGAGAACACUGGAGCACAAAAUAAGAGAGUUGCUAAUGGAGAAAACUUCCUGGUGGACUGUGUAGCUUCUGGCUUUCCAGACCCUGAGGUAUCAUGGAGCCUCCCAGACGGCACCAUGAUCAAUAACGCCCUCCAGUCGGAUGACAGCGGAACACGUAAUCGACGCUACAUCAUCUUUGACAAUGGAACUCUUUUGUUGCAACAAAUGGGAAAGAAUGAUGAGGGCAAUUACACAUGCUAUGCUAAAAACAACCUUGGGGAGGAUGCAAUGAAAAUAAGCGUACAAGUGGUCACAAACUCACCCCAAGUUGACCAGGUAUCCAUGUGGGCAUCUUUUGGUCAAUCAGCCCAGAUGAAGUGUUAUGCUACCGGCGUGCCACUAUCUACAAUCAUCUGGAUCUCACCAAGGAAUGAGAUAAUAACCAGAUCUUCGGUCAAAUAUCAAAUACUGAAUGAUGGAACUCUGAUCAUUAACAAAUUGACUUUGGCUGACCAGGGGAAGUAUGCCUGUGUGGCACGGAACCCAGCUGGGGAUCGCAUCAGAAAUGUGAAGCUUAUAGUUGAGGUUAAAGAGCCGACUAUCAAUGGAAAAAAUGGACAAACCGAGAAGAAAGUGUUAGCAGUGUAUUACCAGACCCUAUUGCUGGACUGCAAAGCAGAGGGUAUGCCUGAGCCCCUGAUCACCUGGACAACACCCUAUGGCAUGUCUUUGCCCACACCGUAUUUGGGAGGCAGGUUCCAAAUCCACAGGAAUGGAAGUCUAGAGUUGAGGGGCAUCCGAAAGACCGAUGAAGGUCAGUUUCUGUGCAUAGCCAAAAAUUACUUGGGGGAAGCAAGUCUGGCAAUUGACCUGGAAGUUGCAUCACUUUCCGAGAAGCCAAGCUUUCCCGUGCCAAACAUUGAGGUUCUCCCUCUCAAAGCAGAUGGUGUAGACAUCACUUUGGAGUGUCGAGCUACUGGAAAACCAAAGCCAGAGUUUCUUUGGAUUCUACCCAAUGGAACAGCGCUAAAUCCAGGUAUGAAACUCCAGCGGUUUACUCACUACCUGGAAAACGGAACAUUACGUAUUAUGCAGCCAGUUGUUGUUGACAAAGGCGUAUACCGUUGUCUGGCCAAAAAUGUAGCUGGACAAGCAGAGAAGCGCUAUGCUUUAGAACAUGGACAAAAGCCUCAAAUUAGAAGUUCAGCUGCUACUAUGAAGAUUUCAUUUGGACAGACUCUAAAUAUGCCAUGCACUGUGGAUGGCUGGCCUCAAGUAACAAUUACCUGGACUCUUCCAAACGGCAUGGUUUUGGACAAGCCUCAGGUUAUUGGAAAAGUAACAUAUUUAUCUAAUGGUACACUUCAGGUACGAGAAACUAGCAAAUUUGAUAGAGGAACGUAUACCUGCAAAGCAACAAACACUUUUGGAUCGUCAACAUUGUCAUAUCCUGUAAGUAUUAUGGUAUUCCCACCUCAAAUCACUCAUGCACCACCUUCAAUGACCAGAGUUAACAAGGGUUCACCUGUGAUUCUAAACUGUAUAGCUGCUGGCAUACCCAAACCUGAAAUUUCUUGGACUCUUCCUGGACGUACUACACUUGUGCCCAAUAAUCGCUUCACAGUGCAGGGUGGAAUUCACAUGACUGAGGAGGGCAAUUUGGUCAUCCAGGACCCAAGCCUCAUGAACUCAGGGAUUUAUAAAUGUAACGCCAGAAAUGCCUUGGGAACAGACUUCAAAGCAACAUAUCUUCAAGUGAAUUGAACAAUAAACAAUAUCCACUAGGUAACAUUGAAUAUAGCUUUGCAAUUAACAAAAAUGAAUGGUCUCUUCACCUUUCCCGAAAACUAUAUAAGAAACCAUAAGUGCAUCUAAAGCACUUUUAUUAACCAAAGAAAUGUUGUUCGAAUGGCAUUCAAAUGUUUUUUUGUGUCACAGCCAUGUGCUUGUAACUUUGGAAUUGACAAUCCAAUGUGCCAUUGACACAAGGCACAAUGAUUUCUUUGUCAUUAUGUAUUUAAUUUAUGAAAAUUUUGGCUUGUACAUAUUUAAAUAUUACACAGAUUAAAACUGAAUCAUUUUACAUACUUUUUCUUACAUUGCACAAAAACAUUCCAGAGUGUAUCCACAUAAACUAAUGUAUGUCUACAUGUUUGUCUGAUAAGUUCUGCCAGAUUUUAUGCAUUUUCAGUCCAGUAAAACAAAUUGGCUUUUCACUGUCCGAGUAGAAAGAGGCCUUGUAUGGUACAAAUGAAGGCAUUGAUGUGGUAGAUGUACAACAAAUAAGACACAACAAGAAACCAAUUAUGUUAGCUACUGACUUUACUGCCAC